AAAAAAGGAUGGAUAAUAACUGUAAUUGUCUAACGUUUGAAUGCAAGACAAAAAACUGUCCAGAUGAAGAGAGCAAAACUGUAUUCCAUAAGAUCCUCCAUGUCCUCCUUCCAAAUUCCAAAACCGUCAGCGAUUCUGACUGCAACACUUCAAAGAAGAUUUUUGGAGGAAAGAGGGUUAUCUGUCCCCCUCAUGGAAAUUGUGCUUUGUAUACGAUGUUUUCCUUUAUAUGUGUCUCGACAUGGAUUAUCUUGUAUUCUGUUUCUAAGGAACAGUCAAGCCCAGGAGGGAACUUGUUUUCACUCUUCGUUUUGUUUACCGGAGCCGUGAUUGGCGGUCAUAUCUUCUCCUUAAUACGUUUACCCCCGUUAUUGGGAAUGCUGAUAGUGGGAGGUUUACUAAGUAACGUCCCAGGUGUCAAAGUAGUAGGGUUGGCAAUAGACCCGAAAUGGUCCGCUUCUCUCAGGAAAAUAGCACUAACUGUGAUCUUACUGAGGGCUGGGCUCGGUCUGGACCCCGUGGCCCUCAGGAAACUCUCCCUGACGGUCCUCAGGGUGGCUCUGGUGCCGUGUCUAUUUGAGGUCGCUGCUAACGCUGUAACCGCCAACCUUCUUCUUGCCAUGCCAUGGACCUGGUCGUUUAUGUUAGGAUUUGCUUUGUCAGCUGUGUCCCCGGCAGUGGUUGUUCCUUCCCUCCUAAACCUGGCAGACUCUGGGUACGGACUAGAUAAAGGAAUCCCCACCCUCGUUAUCGCGGCCGCUACCAUAGACGACGUCUUCAACAUUACCGGCUUCGGUGUACUUCUUGGAAUAGUUUUCUCCCAAGGUGAGUUGGCCCUGACGAUUGCUAAAGGUCCUCUAGAAACACUCCUUGGAAUCUCAUACGGCGCCGUUUUUGGAGUUUUUCUGUGGUACUUCCCGUCCAAAGACAGCGUAAACAGAACAUUUUACCGUGCUGUUCUUCUGGUGGGAUUCGGUCUCGUUGCUAUUUUUGGCAGCCCUUUGGUCCAACUUCCAGGAGCCGGUCCCCUGGGAUGUCUCACUGUUGGCUUUGUAGCAGCUUUUGGGUGGAGAAAAGAAAGAAAUAAAGACGAAAACGACACUGUAGCUGAGGUUACGGGUGUUUUAUGGAUGCUAUUUCAGCCAUUUUUAUUCGGACUCAUCGGAGCAGCAGUAAAAUCAGAACAAAUUCACGAUCUGAGUUCUUUAGGUUUGGGGACUGCAGUCAUUGCAGUGGGACAAACAAUAAGAAUAGGAGCAGCUGUGUUGUCUGUCCUUGGUACAGAGUUCUCAACGAAGGAACGCAUAUUCAUUGCAAUAGCGCGGUUUCCCAAGGCAACUGUUCAGGCUGCGAUAGGCGGGCUGGCUUUAGACAUGGCGCUGGCAGACAACAACCAGGAACUAAUACGUCACGGCACUGUCGUUUUGACAACUGCCGUGUUGUCUAUUAUUAUCACGGCCCCAAUUGGAGCCCUUGUUAUAGCAUUAUCGGGCCCAAGGCUUCUGAACAAGUUAGACAGACAGACGACGGAUGAAACAGACGCAGAAUGCACCGAUGACAUGGAGAAUGCAUCAAUGCUCCAGAUGACGUCAGAACCACAAAGUACUAUUCAAAUUGAAAUGUCUUGAGUUUACAUGUGAGUGCCAAUAGGUGACUCAAGUGUUUCUUUCACCCUUUCCUCUUUGAUGGUAGUUGAGGGGAAAAUUGAUAUUUUGCAAUAGACUUUUAGAUACUAAUGUGUAGAUGUGUAGUAUCUAAAUGCAGAAUGUAUCUAUGUCAUUCGUUAAAUUUCCAUUUUUGCCGGUGAUGACAAUCGAGAAUACAGCUUGACGGGAGCUUUGGCUCGGCUUACAAGCCAAUGUAGAUCGGAUACACAGAGCUACUAAUCUGCCACUACCUGCGAACUUUCAAUCAAUAUCCGGCGACAGAAACCGAUCAAAUAAUAGAGGAAUCUUCCAUGUAACGUGUCUUCUGCUUAGAAACAUUUUCCUAUGAUUAUGUUAUGAUCUUUCAGUUUUUAUUUAUUAACAUCCACUGUACAUCUUCAUCUGUAUAAAAUUCAUUCAUUUUAGUAUUGUAUAGUAUUCACUGGAAUAUGUUUUGUUUUGUAAAUAGCAUAAUAUGAAGGAUUUUGUUACAUGGAAAUAUGCAAAUAUUAUGGCCAAUAGGAAAAAAGAAGCUCAUUUUCUUCAUACCCAAUGAAUUAGAUCAUGAUACAGAUGCAAAAUAGUUUUACACCCAUCUUUGCAUUUUAUUAAGCGGUAUUUGUCACCAGUACCAUUAUUACUAUGCUAACUCAUGUAUGUGUUUGUACAAUGUACUAGUAUGUAUUUAUAUCAGUAAAAAUGCAUUUACCUGUA